CAAGCGCGUGGCCCCGCCCCGCCGAGCCCGCCGGGGCCCUGCGCAGGCGGGGCGGCUCCGGGGUGGGCAGGUAGACCGGGGCAGCCCUUCUGGUACCGGGGAGGCCACGCUGCGGGCCGCGGGGCCCCCGACUGGAACCCGCGCGUCUGGGCCCAGCGCGUUCGUCGCGCGAUACAGGAUGUGGUUGCCUUUGGUGUUGUGUGCAGCUGUUCUACUAGGGAGCGGUAAAGUUCAAGACGAUGAGUGGAUCGACCCCACAGAUAUGCUCAAUUACGAUGCAGCAUCGGGAACAAUGAGAAGACCUUACAAGGCAAACUAUCAUGACUCUCAGGAUAAUGCUGUGGAUACAGUCAGUACUGAAAUCUUGCCGAGCUGUGCCAGGGAAUUAGAUUCCUUGCAACAGAAGAUUGCAGAUUGUGAGAAGAGGAAUGCAAAAUUACGUGAAAGCCGUAGCUUUUAUAUUUUUAAGCGAUACUUGAAUAAGAUUUUAAAUGAAGCUGGAAAACUAGGCCUUCCUGAAGAAAAUGUGGGCCAUGUCCAUUAUGAUGCUGAGAUCAUCCUUACAAAACAGACAUAUUUGGAGAUCCUCAGGUUUCUCAAUGAGGAGACUUGGCAGUCAGGUGCUGUGGAUGAUGCACUUAGUGAUAUUUUGGUCAAUUUUAAGCACCAUGAUUAUGAAGCUUGGCACUGGAGAUUUGAAGACAGUUUUGGAAUUGAUCUGUAUACUAUGUUUCUGAUACUCUUGUGCUUAGUGUGCAUUGUAAUUGUAAUAGCUACAGAGCUCUGGACACCUAUUCAUUGGUUUUUUCAAGUAAAACGACUUUUAUUAGUAAGUUUACCCAUCAGUUUUGCAUGGAAUUGGCUUUACUUGUAUAAGCUGGCCUUUGCGCAGCAUCAAGCAGAAAUUGCGAAAAUGGGGAAGUUUGAUAAUAUCUGUGCUGAGAAGUUGGACUGGGGGGAAAGUCUUAUUGAAUGGCUCAGAAGUAAAUGGACUUUUCAGGAUGAUCCCUGUCAAAAGUACUAUGAAACUCUGCUAGUAAAUCCUGUUUUGCUGGUUCCACCGACAAAGGCAUUCACAGUUACUUUCACCAACUUUGUAACUGAGCCUCUAAAGCACAUAGGACAAGGUAUUGGUGAAUUCAUCAAAGCACUUAUGAAGGAGAUACCAUUUAUUCUGCAGGUUCCAGUGCUAAUUAUGAUGGCUUUGUCUGUUGUGGCUUUCUGCUAUGGUGCAGGAUCAUCAGUGUCUAUGUUAAGAUACUUAACAUCUUUUCAGAAGAAGAGCCUUCCUUCACCUGACAGUCAACAGGAGAAAAUAGACUUUGGGCAAUACGAUGGGAGUAAAUCAGAUGGCUGUUAUUUGCAGAAGCCUCCUUGCAUUUGCAGAGGACCUUAUAACAGAGGAGCUGCUCCUGUAAGAGCAGGAAAUGGCAGCAGAAGUCCUGAUGUUGUGCAUACAGGCAAUGAGCCAGACAAGCAAGUAGAAGAGUCUCACAAACCAGAACCUGGUAACAGGUUGCACUCUGAGUCUGAAGUUUGUAGACUAGAAACUAUCACAGCUGAAAACCUUACUGAAGGACAUGCACUUGAGCAGCAGAAACAGGAGACAGGCAAAGCAGAGCGAGAGACUGGAGAAAACUGUGAUCCUAAUAAAAACCUAGAAGGGAAAAGUUCUGCAAUGGAACCAUGUGAAGCAAAGAAAAAGCAGUUCCUGUGACUUACAGGAAGGAGACUAAGGAAGCCCUGUAAGCCGUUGCUGUGGAGUAGAGGAUUUUGCCACUGAAGCAGCUGAGAAUCUGUUCUUCUCCUGGAAGCAGCAUCUCUGAUCGUCCAUCCUGUUACUCUGGAAUCGACUCAGCAGAUCAAAGAACCCUUCAUCUGCCACUGUCUCUCGGCUGCUUUUCUGAAAAGGAUAGAAGAGUUAGGGGUAUUCUGAACUCUGGAGUACCUACAACUGGGACAACGGCCUCACAGUUUCAAUCCAGUAAUAUGAGUUCAUAUUUGCAUAUCUGAAAUCCAUUAAAUGCAUUUUUAUUUAGUCAUCCAUUUUUAUAGGCAGAGAUGUAUCGUAAGAGGAAAUGCUAAUAAUACGGGAAGUGUUUUUGGGAAGUAAAAUAUAUUAGAAACAUUUCAUUCCCUGAAAUAGAAAGAAGCAGUACUCUGAUCAGUAGAGCUGGAGUUAUUCCUCCUCAGCCAUUCAGCCAAAACCCAAAAUGCCCAUGAGAUUAAAAACCCCAAGAACAGCAAUUAACAGUUUCCAUUGUUUCCUCAGGUCUGUGGUCAAAAGCCCUCAUCACUCAUCUAGAUCAAAUGACUGUUCUUGAUUAUUUUUAACUGACUUCUGUCAAAGAGUGUAAUAACCUAAAAAGUAAGUAAAAAAUACCUCCCACUGUCUGAAUCUGAAAAAUUAGAUUUUGUUAAGUUUGGAGAAGCAGGGUCAGGAAGAGACUUAGAAGUAAGAUGUAUGUGCAAGCUGAGCUGUAACUUUAGAAAAUUCAGCAGGAAAAAAAUGUUCCAACCGUAGGAAAAGCUUAAAGCUGGCACCACCCAUGAGAGCCACAGAACGGCAUUUUCUGCACGGUUUUACAGAGCCACAGUGUUUAAAUCAAGUAAAACAAAUGGACAGCUGCAGGAAUGUGUCUUCCAUCAUUUUGAUCAGAUUAGUAAAGGGUAUGAUCUCCACAGCUGGCAAAACCUACCCUCUGAGAGUUUGGAAGUCGAUGAUCAAUAGAAUUACUGGCAUCCUGCAAAACUUUGGGAGCGGUGCCUUUUUUGUACUUUUUGCCUUUUAGUCGAUUUACAAAAUGCAGUUUUGCUGAAGGUUUGGCAGCCAGUGGUUUCUGUUUAGCAAGAAUCUCACUGUUCCAGUUCUGAACCUAAGAAAACAAGAGUCAUGAAAUUAAGCCUCCUGAUUUUACCUACACUAUUAACUCUUAUUUGCUGCUGCUUUUCCUUGCUAAAAAGAAGCAGCUUUACAUUACUUAGUUUAUCCAGCCACGAGGAUGUGAAAACUUAAGUUUUGGUUCUGUUACUUGACCUGUGAUUACUGAGCUCUUGUUACCUGAAGCAGGUUAUUCAUCAGUCUUUGAACUGUAGUGUGACAUCGAAUGUAUUAAAAUGUGGUCAAAUAGUUUAUUUAAUGAAACAUGCUGAAGUUUUCCUUGCUGACUGCAGUGCAGGAAACAUAGCUAAUGUAAAUGCUAAAAUGCAGACACAGCUGUUAUUUCAUUUCCCACCUGACAUUCUUAUAAUUGGAAAGAAAAAUGUCUUAAAUCCAUAUUUUUACAAAGUGUUGGAACGAAACAAACCCUUCUACAACCCCAGAUACUCUACCAGCCUUCUACAAAGUCCCUGAUAGACACAAAAUUCCCAGUAAAGAUUGAACAGUAAGAGGGAAAAGAAAGCCAGCACAAGAGCAAAUGGGAAUAACCAUUUGUUUCACUGAAGAACAGAACAGAUCAGAUAGGGAAAAUCCGUCAGAUUGAUAAAGCUAAGUUCUCUUCUAAAUUAAACAGAAUUAUCCAUGAAACCAACCACUUUGUAAGUGACAAACUCUUACAAUAACUAAAUAAAAAAAAUAAUCUUAUUUCAACAUCAGAAAUUGUGAGCGCAGUCACAGAUCUUUCAGCAACAUUUGCCUUUUAAAGGCUUAUUUAGGAUCAGCACAUAGAUUCCAACUCUGAGAAAACAGCAUCCUGUACAAUCAAACCAUAAUGCUAGUGUCAUACAUGGUUCUGUGUAUCAGAGACAUGGAAUGACUUUUCAGAAUCUACUCAAUGAGUAUCUUGAAAAAAGCCCUUUAUAAGAGCUAAGCUGCAAUAAGGGUACUACGCCAUUACAAAAAUCCACACGGAACAUUUCUGUAUAUUGAGGGCACAGACUCACAGGCUGUGUAUAUUAGAAGAGAUCACAGAUGAAUAGAUUCAUAGAGUAAGGAAAUACAGCUGACACUGGCCAAAAGCUUAGAGGGUCCCUGCAGAGGACUCACCCUGGACUACAGGAACAGUCAUUUUAAACUGGCACACUAAGGAGGCUCUUAAGCAUCAGUGCUGACUUCAGCUGUACCAGAUGUCCAGAUGUGAGCUUUGAGAUUUAAUUUCCUAUUUGAUAAACACGAUGGCAGGCUUUGCAUCUCUUGAAGAGAUGGGAAUUACAUAUCGCAGUAUGGAGGGAAACCCAGCAAUUUCAGACUGCCACAUUUAUGCAGAACUGCCAGCCCACCAUUUAACAGCAGACAGAACUUGAAGGAAAUCCCCAAAAUUGACACAAGUAUCUUAAUCAAAAAAAACCAAC